AUGACUGCAGACGAGACUCGCCCGGCGGAUGCGCCGUCAUUUACCGGUCCGGCGGUACAGGCCACGUUUGAGGGCUUCCUGUUCGACAUGGACGGCACGAUCAUCGACUCGACGGCCGCAGUCGAGAAGCAUUGGCACACAGUCGGCAAUGAGAUUGGUGUUGCGCCCGAAGUCAUCCUCCAGACGUCACACGGCCGCCGGAGUAUUGACAUUCUCAAGAUCCUAUCCCCAGAAAAGGCUAAUUGGGAGUGUAAGUCCACGCGCCCCUCUUCCCCUCUUCCGGCCAGCCUGGUUUUGCCCCUAACAAGCGCUCCAGAUGUCUGCAGUAUGGAAGGUCGCCUUCCCGAGCUGUACGGCGACGACGCCGUCGAGAUCCCCGGUGCACGCGCUCUUCUCGACAAGCUGCGGGCCCAAGGUGCCCCCUGGGCCAUCGUCACAUCGGGCACCGAGCCCCUCGUCAACGGCUGGCUCGGCAAACUUGACUUGCCAAAGCCCGAGCACUUGAUCACGGCCGAGUCCGUGGCCAACGGCAAGCCCGACCCGACAUGCUACCGGAUGGGUUUGCAGGCACUCGGCCUGGCAAAGCAGGGCGAGGAGGGAACAUACGACGUGCUAGUCCUUGAGGACAGCCCUGCCGGUAUCCAGUCCGGCAAGGCAGCGGGUUGCAAGGUGCUUGGCCUCGUGACGAGCCACACGGCCGCGCAGGUGGCAAAGGCUGAGCCGGAUUGGAUUGUGGAGGACCUGCGGUCAGUGCGCGUUGUGUCGAUCGAGGCACAGAGCAACGGCGGCGUGCGGACGACGCUGGAGUUCUCCAAUACGCUCGUUGUGCCGAAGACGGCAUGA